AUGAAGACGAAGGAUAAAAUUAUCAUAUUUUCCGGCGCGAUUGCUAUAUGUUUAAAUAUAGUCUCCACCGGAGGUGUUUAUUGGCAACAGGAUGCAGUCACGCAUGAAAAUAUGGGACUCUGGAAAACAUGUAAACAUGGUAAAUGUGGCACUUUAAAAGAACAUCCGGACUGGAGAGUGACUUGUCAAACAUUUUUGUUGGCUUCCUGUUUACUGAACUUCAUCUGUGUCAACAUGUCUAUACUCUGUUUGCCGUGCAAGGAGAAAUCAAGAAUACCUUUUGUAGGUUCACUUUUAGCAGCGUUGUUUUGUGCAAGUGGUUUAAUAGUAUACUCAGCCAACGCAAGUGGAGCGUUUGGUUGGUCCUAUUAUUGUUCGUGGUCAACUGUACUAUUGUUAGUUAUCAAUGGAUUUUACGGGUGUUGUCAAUAA